UGUGUUUUCAGUGUGCUCGGGACUACCAAGCCGUCGAGUUGUGUGUGCCGACCGCUCUGGCCCUGUCUCUCGCUCACAACACACUCCACUGCGUCCGUAUCCUACUACAGAAGAAAGAUCCCUUGCCAUCGUGUCUCUGAGUCCUAUUAUAGUCCUGCGAGUAAUGCUAAGAUAUCCGUUCCUUAUUUAAAGCCUUAAAAUAUCCUGUUAAAACAUCCUACGGGUUAUCCUAAACUGCUUGGUUCAAUUCAUAAAGGAAUCAGCAUCAAUGUACUGUUAUAAGAAAAUCAAAUCGUAUUUAUAAUAAGCCCAGGGAGGGGAGGUGUCUGUGUUUGAAGCGAGUUUAAGACAUCACACCAUCCACACCACACAUUCACUGCCCGUUUUGUUGUGGUGGUUGGUCAGAUACAGUGCCAAGCCAACCCCAAGAUGCCAGAACGGGUCAAUCCCAACAAGGCGGAGAGCCAGAUGACCCUUGCCAGCGCCCGAAGUAUGUCUGAUGAAAAGCAGCCGGGUUGGUUCGGGAGGAGGACUCGGAUGGAGAGGUACUUGAUGCUAGCGGCGACUACUGUGGUCUUCGUGGUGGUGGCGCUGGCGAUCUCUUUAGCCUCUGUCAUCUACGGGUACAGGACGGGUAUUCUUCACGGCGAUGUAGAUGCCUCAUUGCUGCCUGUUGUCUCAGCAGCCCUCACCGGCUGCCCGGAUACUACUACUUCGACAGGCGGGUCCUCCGACGUCUGUCUCACCCAGGGCUGUGUUAAGGCUGCCGCCAGCUUGGUCGACUCCAUGGACCAAACAGUUAACCCGUGUGAAGACUUCUUUAAGUUCGCCUGUGGUGGGUUCCUUAAGACCAAGAUCAUCCCGGACGAUAAGACGGCUCUCUCCCGCUUCAACGAGGUCUCCGAUGACCUCCAGGAGAAGCUGAGAGGUCUGGUGGAGGCUGAGGAGACAUCCAAAGACUCACCCUCUACCAAGAUGGUCAAGGCACUUUAUAAGUCUUGUACUAAUACAGAGAGUAUCAAGAAGCACGGUUUGGAGCCACUGAAGGGGAUACUGAAGAAGAUGGGAGGUUGGCCGGUGCUGGAGGGAGACACCUGGAAGCCCUCGGCCUUCCAGUGGACCAGUAACAUCUACAUCAACCGUCAACUGGGUUACUCUCUCGACUACAUCUUCGACUUCUCCGUCACCACCAACAUCAAGAAUUCUACCUGGAGGAUUAUUGACAUUGACCAGCCGCCCCUCGGUAUGCCAUCCCGCAAGUACCUUCUGAAGGGGCUCAACGACAGUGACGUACAAGCCUACUACAACUACCAGGUCAACUUGGCUGAGCUCCUCGGUGCUGACAGGACUAGGGCUAUGGUGGAGCUCAAGGAAUCACUCGAAUUUGAAAUCCAGCUGGCUAAUUUCUCGCUGCCCAAGGAAGAGCGACGCAACGCCACCAAACUGUACAACAAGAUGACCAUUAAAGAGCUACAGGAGAUGGUGCCUGAGAUCCCAUGGCUGGAGUACAUUAACAGCAUCCUUACUCCCUUCUUCACGGUGACCAUCCAGGAGCCAGUUAUUGUCAAUGUACCCAGCUAUGUGAAGAAACUAGGCAAGCUUCUUAUCAAGACCCCCAAGAGAGUGAUAGCCAACUACAUGUUGUGGCGAGUAACAGCUGCGUCGGUGAGUUUCCUGAGUGAAGAUGCUCGUGACAUCCAGCUCGAGUACUCCAAGAAGCUGGUAGGGAAGGGGACCAGGGAGCCUCGCUGGAAGGAGUGCAUGAGAUCUGUGUCUGGCAGCUUGUCACAUGCCGUGGGGUCUAUGUAUGCACGGACAUUCUUCAAGGAGGACGCCAAGGCCGCCGCUGAUGAGAUGGUCAGAUACAUCCGUGCCGAAUUUAAAAAGAUUCUGGAAAACAUUGACUGGAUGGACGAGGCUACACGCAUCCGAGCCCUGAAGAAGGCUGAAGCCAUCACCCCUCAUAUUGCCUACCCUCCUGAGCUGCUGAUUGACGACAAGUUGACAGAACUGUAUGAUGGGUUGGAGAUCUCGAGCGGUGAACUCCUGGAGAACAUGCGGAACAUGACCAUCUUCGGUACCGACUAUUCCUUCAAGAGGCUGAGGGAGAAGAUCGACAAGAAGGACUGGAGGAAUCACGGAUCCGCAGCUGUCGUCAAUGCUUUCUACAGCCCAUUGGAGAACUCUAUCCAGUUCCCGGCCGGUAUCCUACAGGGAACAUUCUUCGGGGCCGACAGACCGAAAUAUAUGAACUUUGGAGCCAUUGGUUACGUCAUCGGCCACGAAAUUACUCACGGCUUUGAUGAUUCGGGACGACAGUUUGACGCCAAGGGUGACCUGCGUGACUGGUGGGAGAAGGAGACCAAAGAGAAGUUCCUCAAGAAGGCCAAGUGCAUCAUCGAGCAGUACGGCAACUACACCGCUCCCGAAGUGAACCUCAACCUGAAUGGUAUCAAUACCCAGGGAGAGAACAUUGCUGACAACGGUGGCAUCAAGGAGUCUUACAUGGCUUAUAAUCAAUGGGUGAAGGACAACGGUGAGGAGAAAACUCUGCCUUCCCUCCCCUACUCCACCAAACAGCUGUUCUGGAUCUCCGCGGCCAAUGCCUGGUGUGGCAAGUAUCGUCCGGAGACUCUUAAGCUGCGCAUCUUGACCGGCGCCCACUCCCCGGCGCAGUUCCGCGUUAACGGACCGUUCAGCAAUCAACCCGAGUUUGCCCACGACUGGAAAUGCCCGGCUGGCUCUACCCUCAACCCCAGCAAUAGGUGUUCCGUGUGGUAACUGGUCGUCCCCGAUUCUGUUGGACUUUGUCGUGUUGGGGAAAGUGUUAAAACACCUCGGACAUCUUCGGUGCUUCAGUGACGGCUGUAUCGCUCCUCAUCUCCAGGUCCAGAAUGUUUAGUUCACACACACCCUCAGAGAUGUCAUGUUCACACACACCCUCAAAGAUGUCAUUAACAGGCGACUUAUUUAAUACACGUCACACAUGUGCGAGGGCGGAGUCUGCUCCCCCAUGCCCUCGCGUGUGGUGUGAGACAACCCCCAGUCCACUGUAGUGCUGGGCAAGACUCCAACUAACAUAACAUAGAAUCACAUCUACAUGACCUUUAUGGUGAGGAGCCACAACCUGUCGUCCUAAGCGUGCAUAAACCAUUUGAUCCCCGGCUGGCCGGUGGGAUGGCAAGGCAACUCCCAUUUUAUUACAAUUAUAGACAGUUAAAGAGAGAUAUAUUUUUGCAAUAGCACACCCAAGAUUUUAAGUCGUGUCUUAAAUAUGAUUGAGAGUAAGUAAGGUUUAAUGGUAAAAAUUAAUUUAAAAAAAAAAACAAGAUGAAGGAGUAGGAAGGACUGAUGGUUCAUAAGACCACAGUCAGGCAUCAAGAUAUAAUGUGUUAACUAAUACAAAGUAAUAGACCCACUGAACAUGGUGCUCCCAUCCCUGUGUCCACGUCCUGAAAUAUGUUGCCUUCGUUGAGUAGUGUAGAGUCUGUACCUCCAUAGUUCUUUAUUCUUCAUUUAAUUUGGUUAUCUCUGUAGGAACAUUUUUGACUGUGAACUUGUUGGUUAAUAUACACAUAAUAUAGCUCUUGUUGUAAGCACCUUGGUGUGUGUGUAUAUGUCUGUGUGUGUGUGUGUGUGUGUGUGUGUGUGAGACUUACUUUUUCCGUGACAACAAAAUAAGUUCAAAUUCAAAACAUUACCUUCCACCGCCUUUUUUAUUAACUUAUAAUUUUAGCCAGAUUUUGAACGUAUGAUUUUAUUUACUUUAGAACAAGAAAAUAUAUUAUUCUACUGAGUGAUGAAGACCCCUGUUUAAGCUAUAUAAAGGAGUAAUGUACAGAACACCUUUUGUUAGGAAAUAUAUUUUACAAAGUUCUGUUUCUUUGACUUGAUA